ACGACUACCGGGACUGGGGCACUAUAGUUACUAGGUAAUAAUAAAUAAUAUAUUUUCCCCAGAUUUCCGAGCCGGUUUUUAUUCCUUCCCUUCUUUUAUUUACGGUCACUACCAAAACACCACAACACCACAACACCACAACACCACAACACCACAUCAUCGCGUAAACCAACAUUAACUAUGGACAAUUUGAAUGAGAAGGGGGGGGAGAAGAAAGAAAAAGGAAAAUGCUCAUCUCCCUGUUGCGCUGCACCUAAACCCACACCUCCAAAGGAAGAGAAAAAAGGUUGCAAAUCAGGAUGCUGUGGCGGCAACACUCCUUCAAAGGCCCCCGAGAAAGACGACUGCUGCAAACCAUCCGCCUCCAAGGAUGAAGAAAAACUUGCCAGUGUCGGUCCAUUAGUAGAAGUGGCGGAUCAACGCUGCCAGCCAGCGCCUGUGCCCGCGAAGCCAAUUGAGACGUCCGGGUGCAACGCUGGCUGCUGUGCGCCCAAGCCGCAGGACAAAGACUCUUGCUGUGGAACUGCGGGAUCGAAUGGAGGCCCCGAAGUAGCCGAUGGGUGUUGUGCAGCGAAGGACCAGCAGCAAGAGGGGAAGGAUAGUUGCUGCAGUCCCGGGAAAAAAGUGGUUGUCGACGAUGAUUAUGAAUCCUGCCAAGAUGCGUGUUGCGAUUCCAAGGAACCAGUUGAUGAUGACGGUUGUUGCGGUCCGGCAAAGGAACUUCCUAAGGACGCCUGCAAGGACAAAUGCUGCUCUGCCUCUAAAUCGGAUGCAAUUGAACCGUCUUGCUGCGAGGGGAAGCAGAAGCCAUGUUGCGACGCAACCUGUAUCGACCGCCUUGUGCUCCGAGAGACCACUGCCAAUGCCAAGCAAGACGAUGACGACGACGCUUCAUCGAGUUCCGGCAAGGGCUCCCUCCAUUCCAGGGAAAAGUCGAUCCGCAAAAGAUACGAGACCAGACUCGCGGCCAUAGGAUGUCUGUGUAGAGCGCUGAUCGCCCUAGGCCAAGAAUCGUGCUGCGUAUCCCCCGAACUUUCCUCCGAAGAACGGAAGCGAGGUCCUAGAAAGAGCCGCCCCGCGUCUCGAGGGAAGCAGACGUCGAACUGCUGUGCGAAGAAGGCCGGAGGUUGUUGCACGAAGGCCCCGGAGCCGGAGCGGAAGAUCGCGGCCUCGGGCUUGGGAGGUACGAAGAAGGCCUGUAGCAAGGGCUGCUGUGGUAAACCGAAGGAGGUCGCUGAUAUUACUCCUGCCAAGGAAACUGGCUGUUGCUCUGGUGGUUCAUCGUCUAAAGAAGACUGCUGUCUAGAGGAAAAGAUCACCCCCGUGGAGCGUGGAUUAAGUAAGGAUGCACUAGGGGCCAUUAACCUAGAGAAAGGCCUAUCCGGCUCCGAGCGCGUCGCCCUCAGCAUCUCCGGAAUGACAUGCACCGGCUGCGAGACCAAGCUGCAGCAAACCCUCGGCAAAGUCGCCGCAGUGAAGCACCUCAAAACCAGCCUUGUAAUGGCCCGAGUUGAAUUCCAGCUCGACCUCAGUCUCGCCACCCCGGAAGACGUCAAGAAACACAUCGAACGGACAACCGAGUUCAAGUGCGAUAUAAUGGUGACGCAUGGCUCGACAUUGGACGUUAUCCCGGUCGGUGGAGCCAAGCAGUUUGCGCAAGAGUCCUUGCCGUUGGGGGUAGAGAAUGUAGACGUCCUGGACGAUAAAACGGCCCGCAUUACUUUCGACCCCGAAGUCAUUGGAGCCCGGGAUCUCAUCUAUAACGGGUUCGGUACCCCCCCGAUUCUUGCGCCGCUGCAAGCCGACCCGGCGCUCGCUGCCGGGAGCAAGCAUGUUCGCCACAUGGGCUGGAUGACCCUGCUUUCCGCGGUUUUGACAAUACCCGUUUUGGUCCUGGCCUGGGCUCCAUUGGAAGACCGCCCCAUCACAUAUGGCAGUGUUUCCCUGGCUCUAGCGACUAUUGUCCAAGUCGUUAUCGCGGGCCCGUUCUACCCGAAGGCCUUGAAGAGUCUGGUAUUCUCCAGAGUCGUCGAGAUGGAUCUGCUGAUCGUCUUGAGCACCACGGCAGCAUACACCUUCUCAGUUGUUUCUUUCGGCUACCUAGUAGGCGGCCACCCGUUGUCCACGGGUGAAUUCUUCGAGACCUGUACCUUGCUCGUCACUCUAAUCAUGGUUGGCCGAUGGGUCAGCGCUCUGGCCCGCCAAAAGGCAGUAGAGUCCAUCUCUAUUCGAACUCUCCAGGCUUCUACGGCGAUCCUACUUUCGCAAGACGGUUCUGAGGUUGAGAUUGACACCCGACUACUCCAGUACGGCGACCUCUUCAAAGUCGCUCCUCACACCCAGGCCCCCACGGAUGGCGUUAUCCUCUCCGGCACGACGGAAGUCGACGAGUCGAUGCUGACAGGCGAAUCGCGUCCGGUAGACAAGAACCCAGGCUCUACCAUCGUCGCCGGCACCCUCAACGGCUCCGGUGCCGUGACGGUGCGUCUCACAAAACUGCCGGGCGAAAACACCAUCAGCACCAUCGCGGGCAUGGUCGACGACGCGAAGCUCUCCAAGCCCAAGAUCCAAGACCUAGCCGACCGAGUAGCGUCCUACUUCGUGCCCGUCGUCAUUUCGCUGACCAUAAUCGUCUUCGUCAUCUGGACCGCGGUGGGGAUCAGCCUGCAAAACUUGUCAGGCGGCGAAGCCGUGACGCAGGCGGUUACCUACGGCAUCACGGUCCUCAUCGUCUCGUGCCCCUGCGCGAUAGGCCUCGCAGUACCGAUGGUUAUCGUGAUUGCCUGCGGCGUCGCGGCAGAGAAGGGUGUGAUUUUCAAAGCGAGCGAGGCUUUGGAAGUCGCCCACAAAACCUCCCACGUCGUGUUCGACAAGACCGGCACACUAACCGAAGGCAAGCUAUCCGUCACGACGGAAGAAUACCCAUCCGACACCGGCCGCGCCGUCGCCCCCCUCAUCCUCGGCCUCCUCGCAAACGUGAACCACCCCGUCUCCUCCUCCGUAUCAGCCCACCUCCGCAACCAGGACAUCGCCGCCGCCCAAAUCGACCAAGUCAGGUCCCUCCCCGGCAAAGGCGUGCAAGGGUACGUGAACGGCGUCCUCAUGCAAGCGGGCAACUCGCACUGGCUGUCCGCCUCGCCGCACCCUGCCGUGCAGGCCGUGCUCGCCAGGGGCCACACCGCCUUCUGCGUCACCAUCGGCGCCGAGCUGCAGGCCGUCUUCGGGCUAACCGACACCCUGCGCCCCAGCGCCCUCUCCACCGUCGCCGAGCUGCAGCGCCGCCGCAUCGCCGUCUCCCUCCUCAGCGGCGACGACGCCGCCCCCGUGCAAGCCGUCGCCUCCGCCCUCAGCAUCCCCGCCCAAAACGUCCGCUCCCGCUGCUCCCCCGCCGACAAGCGCCAGUACAUCCAAUCUCUCCUCCUCGCAACACCACCCCAAUCCAAACCCCCCGUCAUCAUCUUCCUAGGCGACGGAACCAACGACGCCGUCGCCCUCGCCCAAGCCACCAUCGGCGUGCACCUCUCCUCCUCCUCCUCCACCAGCACCGUACAAAACGUAGCCCAGUCCGCCGCCGACGUCGUCCUCAUGCGCCCCUCCCUCUCCGCCCUCCUCUCCGCCCUCGACGUCUCCCGCGCCGCCGCGAGGCGCGUGUACUUUAAUUUCGCGUGGAGCGCCGUGUACAAUGUUUUUGCGGUGUUGCUUGCCGCCGGUGCUUUUGUUUCGACUGGUGGGAGUGGUAGGGGUGGGGGGGGAGUGCGUAUUCCGCCUGAGUUUGCGGGUGUGGGGGAGCUGGUCAGUGUGUUGCCUGUUGUUGUGGUUGCGGUUAGUUUGCGGUGGGUUAGGGGGCUUUGAAUGGUUGGGGAGGGGCAGAGGUUGGGAGGGAAGGGAGAUGAGGUAAGAGGCCUUGGAGAGAAAGGGGUUAAGGAGGGAGAGAGAAAGAGUGAAGCGGAGGUGGUUUAGGGGCUGGUGGGUGCGUUAGGAUGAGAGUCAGUCAGUCAGUCAGUCAGUCAGUCACGAAGAGUCAUAUUGGUAGCCGUAUUUACCUGAUUUAAAGGCAAUGUCUAUAUCUAUUGUGUGCAGGCAC